AUGACGUCUUUCGAUAUCAAAGAGGCGUACCUCAAGUUCUUAAAGGAUGAUCCAGACAUGACUAUGCCUAUAGCAGCCAUUGAGUCCUUAGUGUUGAUGCUUCGUCAACAACGUCCUACCACAUUACUGGAGUUGAUAACGCUUGUGCGCAAGAACAUUGACGUGUUGAAGUCCUCGUUUUCCAAUGCUGUUUCACUUUCUGCUGGGUGUGAUUUGUUUAUGAGAUUCGUAUUGCGAAACACCAAUGUCAACAUGGAUUGGGAGAGUUGUAUGAAGAAUUUGUCAGAAAACGGCCAGUUGUUCGUUCAGAGAGCUAAGGAGUCAAGAGAGAAACUGGCAGAAUACGGGUUGCCGUUCAUUGAGGAUGAUGAUACCAUUUUAGUUCACUCAUAUUCUCGGGUAGUCUACCAUUUACUAUGGAAGGCAAAAACAGAAAGAUUGGUUCGAUUCAAAGUCGUGGUGACCGAGUCCAGACCUACAGAGAAGGGACUUCUAAUGGCUCUGUUAUUAAGAGAAGCAGGUAUACCAGUUGAAGUCAUUGUGGAUAAUGCCGUGGGUUAUGUGAUGCAUAAUGUUGAUAAAGUCCUUGUGGGAGCCGAAGGGGUGGUGGAAAGUGGAGGGAUUAUAAAUCAUAUUGGGUCGUAUCAAAUUGGAUCGCUUGCGAAAUCAAAUAAUAAACCAUUUUAUGUGGUAACCGAGUCGCACAAGUUUGUACGGUUAUUCCCUUUAUCACCUAACGAUUUACCCAAUAAGAUUCAAGAAUUGGUCACCAGUGCAAACUUAGACAACUCUCUGACCAAUGACAAGUCGUCUCUUAGUAGACAGUUGAUUGACUACACUCCAGGUGAAUAUAUCACUGCUUUAAUUACAGAUUUGGGGGUGUUGACUCCUGCUGCUGUAUCAGAAGAGUUGAUCAAGGUAUGGUACGAUUAA